GAAUGCACAGCUAAAACGGUACAGUAUGUACUCUGAUAGAAGGAUGGGAAGGUUCACAAAGGGAGAAUGCAUGUUUGGCUAAUUCAUGGUGGUGAACUCUUUCUUCAAAGAAUAGAAAAUGUAGUACUUCAUUACCAUUAGCACUUCUUUCUGUUCAUUGUUUCUGUUGAUAGAGAUGAAAAGGUGUCACACUUCAUACUACUUUACACAAUUUCAACCAACUUAAAUAUUGACACAGUGAAAAUUGGGGAAGAGGUUGGAUUUUAUACAGCAAUAUACUUUUCACAUUCAAGAAAAAGUACCAUAUUACAAUAUAUGUAUACAUUAAAUUCAAAGUAAAAUCCUUAUAGAACUUCUGUGAUAGUCAUAUUGGCGGUGCGGUGGCUAUAUUGAAUUGUGAAGCAUUUUGUGGCAAGAAAGAAAUAUGUUUUUGUUUGUUAUUUAUCAGUGACCAUUUCUUUUAUCAAUACAUGUAACCACAAGAAAGCUGUACAGCAAAAAUAUGUGUUUUCGAUAUAUAAAAAAGCUAUGAAUCAUCUCAUGGGAAGAAUGCUGUCUUCGGUCUUUCUAUGGCUAAACUUUCGAUCUGUAAUACGCACAUUUUCAGGAUGGAAAUGAUUGAGCUUUUCUUUUGAAGAUUCCUUUGCAGUCAGCACAUUACAGAGAAGGUGAUCAUUUACACUGACAUAAACAAUAAUCAGCUGUACAUAUUACUGAUAUUACAAACAAAGACAUUACUUUGCCUGUACUUCUUAAUAUACAGGAACAUUAUUUUGUUCCAACCAAUAGGAUGAGCAACCAUGGUUUGCUGUACAAUAUCUAAGUUUAUACAACAGUAAAUAUAGGCACAAUUCUACUAAAAGCUGAUAGGGAUCAGUUAGUCACAGCUUAUAAGUGGAGACUGUGAGUCAUUCAGACACAAUUGUAGUGUGUAAGAUGAUCUCAUUCCAACAUUCUCACACACAUUUGUUUUUGGGUGAUUGUGGCUACAAAGUAAUUAUGUUACAGUAAGUCUAUGUUACAAUCUGUCUCUACUGUAUUUUUUUAAUCUAAUUGCUUCAGAGUAAACAGCAAUACACAACAGUGAUGUUUGAAUGUUCAAUGGACACUACAGCAAUGUUAGAUUUCACAAGUUUGGUUUUGGACCUUGUAGUGUACUGUAGCUUAAAGUAAAGUAUAUAUUAAUAUCUCCUAUGGUACAACUCCAGGUAGUAUACAUGAUACCUUUACACAAAAGGUUCAACAAAUGGCCACUAAUCUGCACCCUAAACCCGACUAACCAUCUGUUAUUGUGUAUUGUUACAUAAUCGAGUGUUAAUAGUUUGAACUAAAUUGUUCCUUAAUAAUGGGAUACCAGCUUUAUCUGGUCCAACCCUCUACAUACGCUUCAUUUUAGAGACAAAAGGAAAUUAGUAAUAAUGAAACAACUACUCUUUGUAGUUAUGGCGAUUAUAUGUAUGCUAUGGUUACGCAGGCAUGAUAAGCGCAUCAUCCAACAUUGCCCCAAAUAUUUCACUAGAAUAUACUUAUUUGUCACUAAUGUGAGUAAUAACAACCCACGCUGCAAAAGGUAUUGAUAUGAGGCAUGAUAAACUUUCCAUAUUGUUGUUGAAUGGACUUGACUAUUCUGGAUGGCGCAAAAUAGGAUCCUACUCAAAUCAUACAUUUUGAGAAGGGUAAGAGGUUUUACAUUUGUAAUGCUUGUAUUAGUGUAUGUACAACAAUUAGGUCACUUUUUAUUAACAACUCUUUGCGGCCUUCCAUCCCUCCAAUGUAAAAAGUGUUUUUUAUGUGACUGGUCCAUUUACCUUUUUGAUUAUCUUUGAUUGAAUCUCUGUUUAAAAGACACAUUUGUUUUUGUUCAGACAGUGUAGAUGAAAGAGAUAACCCACAAAGUUUAAGUACUUUCUUUUUCCGCUGAAUUCCUGUUUCCGCGGGCGUGCAACAUCUGCACCUAUGCACACAGUGGUCGUCUUCAAGGACAUGUUUGUUUACUGUGAAAAUGCACACUUCCUUCUUGCCUCCUUUAUUUAAAAUGGACCUACUGAAGGAAUGCCACAGACCGAGACUGAGAGGUUAAAGUGUGGGCGUGUAGAAAGUGAGCGACAGCAGCAGGCAGAACUGCAUGAACAUGGAGAUGUACCAGGCAAACCACAGCCUCCCCCCAGGGAUUUUCUGUCGCCCCAACCCUCGACUUAUACCUCUGGAGCUCAGUGUACCGGAGAUGACCAGAGGAGGCAGGUUUCUAAACUGUUGCCUGGUAGGUCUCAGUCCGGCCAGCACAGACCCUCUGUAUUGCGCCAGGCUGUCAGAACGACUCACAGGCGGCACCAUGUGGAGCCUGGUUCAGCUCAAGCUAUCGCCCAGUGCAAGGCGGAGGUGGAAACAGGCAUGAGCCAUCAACAGUUUUCUCUCCUGCAAUCUGGCCCCUCUCCCAGGCAUAUUGAUCCCACCCCUUCUCCUAGGAGAGACGGUCUACUAGAAGCUUCCAUCUUCAGCAAGCAUCAGAAUGGCCCAAGUCUCCCAAACCCUGGGAGUGUCGGCACUCUGUUUCUGAACGGCCUCUGCCGCUGGCCAGGUUGUGAUUCAGUAUUUGAGGAAUUUACCAGCUUUCUGAAACACCUUCAUGCUGACCAUAGCUAUGGAGACAAAAGCAUUGCACAGUGGAGGAUACAACAAGAUAUGGUGCAGUAUAUGGAAAGCCAGCUGACUCUGGAAAAACAGAAACUCUUCGAAAUGCAACUUCAUCUACACCUAUCUCAAAACAAGUCAGCUGAUUUGAGGGCAGGUUUAGACUGGCCCUACAGCCUGGCACUCAUCACGUCCCAGGCUCGGGCAGCAGAUGGAGACCAAGUGCCACGCUGUGCCACUAAAGAGCCAGAGGAGCUUGCGCAGCACGAGUUCUGGCCUGCUGGCACUGCCCAUCUACUGCCAGAUGUGGUCCCAGGGAUCCAGUGUUACAAAUACAACAACAUCAGACCUCCAUACACCUAUGCCUGCCUGAUACGAUGGUCUAUACUGGAGUCUCCAGACAAGCAGCGUACUCUGAAUGAGAUCUAUAACUGGUUCACCACUAUGUUCUUUUACUUCCGACACAACACUGCCACCUGGAAGAACGCUGUGCGCCAUAAUCUUAGCCUGCACAAGUGUUUUGUGCGAGUGGAGGGAGGCAAAGGGGCUGUCUGGACUGUGGAUGAAACUGAAUAUCAAAUGCGGAAGGGACAGAAGUAUUACAGGGAUCAUCCUGUGAAAUGGUUGACACCCUACUCUUUCUUUCGUCCGGAGGAACCAUGAGCUCAGGGAACAACUCAUGUACAGUUCAAAUCGGGUUGAUGCUUUCAGACUUUGCUCAGCAGAGGGUGCCAGAAUGUAGUAUUGUCCAAUACUGUUUUCCAUAAAAUGUGAGAUUUUAAUAUUUAAAUAGACUUUCACUGGUAGAGUGGCUGCAUUUGCAGUGAAUGGAAAGAACAGAAUAUUAAGCAAUAUUUUUUGUGUAUUAUAUUGGAAAAAUAAAGUGUAGCAAGUUGACAGUUUAUGUAUUCUUCUCAGGUAAUAUGUAUACAUGCAACAAUAAAAUUCAAGUUUUUGAUAA